UGUACGGACGCCGUGAGACAGGACAACACAGACGGUAAAAUAAUUCGUUUCUUCGUCAAAACCAUUCGAUACCCUUGCGAAUUUUUAUCUGCUUGACGCAGUAAAGUCCUGGGGACAACGAUCGGGACACGUUUGGGUGUAAUUUUCGUCUCUAGAAAAGCCGAUGAGACCUAUUUUUCGUCCCAUUUCGUGAAUAGGAUUCGCGGCGGCGAAGAAUGUCGCAGGAAGACGACGUCGGAUUUUUGUACAAAACAAUGAUUGAGAGAGAUCCCAAAAAGAGAAGAGUAAAACCAGUGGAAUCAGCGCAGCAGUCUUUGCUCGACUUUGAUCUGGGUGAGAGCUCAGAUGAUAGUGAUUUUAGAAUUGAGGAUCAUUGCGAAGAGUCAGAUGAUGAUUCGGUAGAUUCUAAUGAUGUUGGUAAAGAAGAAGAGGAAGACGCAUCUGAGGAAUCCGAUGAUUCAUUAGAUGAUCCAUUAUUGAGACGUAAAGACAAUGCUGGCUUAACUGUAGGAGAUGUUAUCGAACAAGCUCACCAGCAAGCUUUAAAGGGGGCUCCUCUCGAUGAGAAACUAAAUAAAAUGCUAAUUUGUUGUGGUUGCUUAGGAGACAGAAGUGAUGACAUAAACGAGAUCGUUGAAUGUGAUGGUUGUGGAGUUAGUGUUCACGAAGGUUGCUAUGGUGUAUCCGAUGUAGAAAGUUUCUCGAGUACUGAUUCCCUAUGUCAAUCAGCACCAUGGUUCUGCGAAGCCUGUAGUGCAGGAAUCGAAGAUCCGUCAUGCGAGCUCUGUCCUAACAGAGGCGGAAUUUUUAAAGAGACAGAUGUCGGGAAAUGGGUUCAUUUAGUAUGCGCCCUUUAUGUACCUGGUGUUGCUUUCGGCGAAGUUGAUCGUUUGUCGAGCGUAACACUAUUCGAGAUGGCAUACAGCAAAUGGGGUGCAAAAACAUGCUCUUUGUGUGAAGAUUCACGUUAUGCACGCACAGGCGUAUGCAUCGAAUGUGACGCUGGAAUGUGUCAUACGUAUUUUCAUGUGACAUGCGCGCAGAGAGAAGGCUUAUUAUCCGAGGCACACAGUGAAGAAGUCGAUCAAGCUGAUCCAUUCUAUGCGCAUUGCAAAUUGCAUUCUGAUAAAUCUCUCGUUCGUAGACGUAGACGUAAUUGGUUAGCUUUGCAAUUGCGUGCGCAAUAUCGACAACAGGUGUUGAAGCAGCCCAAUCAUUUAGAUACAGACGAACAAUGUAGAAUUCAAAGAAAAUUGGCAAAACACAGACAUAAAUAUUUAGCUCACAAAGCGUCGCGUCCAUCUCCAUGGGUACCGACACAAAAGAUGCCACGCUUAUUAACUACAUCUGCUUCUGCUUGCCGCCAAUUGGCAAAGAAAGCCGAACUGAUGGGCGUAGAUACGGCCGCAUUAGAAGCACAAGAAUCUCAGCUGGUGGCGUUAGUGGACGUUAGAAAGAAGUGGCAUAUCGCUCCCGCCUUUAGCGUAGAAUUUAUCGGCUAUUAUUUGGAUCGCAACUUACGCGUAACGUCUAUGAAGAGACGGUUACAGGAACUUCUCGACAUUAAUUCGCAAUUAUUGAACGAACAACAAAGAUUGGACAGAAAAUACGACGAAGUAAUGAAGGAUAAUGAAGAACAGAUCAAAGUAAACUUGACAUUGAAAGGAAAGAUCGAGCUGUAUCAUCAAGUACUUAAGAACGCCGGUUACGCGAAGCCCCUACCGUCGAUCGCCGAUUUAGCGAAGCCAAGGAUAGCACCUACGCUUGGUACAGGAUUAGGGGUACCUACAGCAGCCGCUUUAAAAAUGGGCGUUGGAUUUCCGCUACCCAUGGGUAAAGGUGCCGAAGGUAUACGUGAGGGUAGAGUGUUGAGCAGUCAGGCAGCACAAGAACAAAAUCACAAAAGCGAGCUUACGACUUUACGGCAUCAAUGCGGUAUCUGUAGACGAUCGACCAAUCAGCACCUUCUCGCAAAGUGCGACACGUGUCACUUGCAUUAUCAUUUAUCCUGUUUGAGUCCACCUCUAGCACGAAUGCCUAAGAAAACAAGACAGAUGGGUUGGCAAUGCUCAGAAUGCGAUAAAGAGUCAUCGGGAUCGGAAGUGGAACGCGUAGACACGUCAGCGCCACGCAAAUUAAGGCACUGUAAGGAUGAUGCCAAUUCGACACCUACACCACCGCAGGAAGUACAGGCAAUCACGACUCCAAGCACACCUAUUACGCUUAAGAAUUCCACUAGCAAUAUAACAAAUAUUAUUGCUCCUGAGACACAUGCCACACCAAAACUAACAAUUAAACCAAUGGGGCCGCAACCAUCAACUAUAGAACUUGCACAGACAACUGAAUCAAUAUACAAUCAACAAUCCAUUAAUAAUAUCACUAUAAGAGAAGGUUCACCAGAAUAUAUGGUAGCUUCAGCAGAUGGGACAGGAUCUGUCUCUCAAAGAAGUGGAAAGAAGAGAAGAAGGGAAAAACAUAAGAGAUAUUCUCCAGAUCCAAUAACUGGAGUCAAACAGAGAAAAAGAAAACAUAAACGGAAAAGUUUAGAUAUAGAAAAUCCAGAAAUUCAAAGUCAACCAGAAUUUCACAGAAGGAUUACAAUAAAAAUAAAAUCAAUUCCACGACCGGAAGGAGAUGCAGCUUCAGAAUCGAGUCCACAAAUGUUCGUAGCCACUUCUACGAGUACCGAAAUCACAUUGCCACCACCAUCACCUGUGCCACCACCAGCUGUAAAUGUCCCUCCCGUAAAUGUGUCUGUGAAUAGCAGUGGUCGGCUAUCGACGGGAACUAAGAGAGGGAAAGAUACGGACCUUAUGACGCAAUGUAAUGUCUGUGAUACUCCUGGCACCAACCAAAAUCUCGUUAUGUGUGAUGAAUGUAAGAAGUGCUAUCACUUUACAUGCUUAGAUCCUCCUGUAAAAAAGUCUCCAAAGAGAAGAGGCUAUUCUUGGCACUGUGCCGACUGCGACCCUAGUGAAUAAACUGAAGGUUUAACGUUUCACAAUUCUUGGAAUUGAUUUAGUGCUGUACUGAAUCAUACAGGAAUGACGAUUGAUCGAUUACCUGGUACAUCAUUCUCCGCA